CGCUGCCAUUCGGUGCCGGCCCGGCGGGGCGGGGCGCGGGGUGCUGCCGCCGUGUCUAUAAAGGGCGGCGGAGCGGCACUGCGCCACCUUCUCACUGCGCGCCGGGGCCGUUGACUAGGAGCAGGUACACUAUAAGGGAGAGAUGGUGAAAGUCGGAGUCAACGGAUUUGGCCGUAUUGGCCGCCUGGUCACCAGGGCUGCUGUCCUUUCUGGCAAAGUCCAAGUGGUUGCUAUCAAUGAUCCCUUCAUCGAUCUGAACUACAUGGUUUACAUGUUCAAAUAUGAUUCUACACACGGACACUUCAAGGGCACUGUCAAGGCUGAGAACGGGAAACUUGUGAUCAAUGGGAACGCCAUCACUAUCUUCCAGGAGCGUGACCCCAGCAACAUCAAGUGGGGAGAUGCUGGUGCUGAGUAUGUUGUGGAGUCCACUGGUGUCUUCACCACCAUGGAGAAGGCUGGGGCUCAUCUGAAGGGUGGUGCUAAGCGUGUUAUUAUCUCAGCCCCCUCAGCUGAUGCUCCCAUGUUCGUGAUGGGUGUCAACCAUGAGAAAUAUGAUAAGUCCCUGAAAAUUGUUAGCAAUGCUUCAUGCACCACCAACUGUCUGGCACCAUUGGCCAAGGUCAUCCAUGACAACUUUGGCAUUGUGGAGGGUCUUAUGACCACUGUGCACGCCAUCACAGCCACACAGAAGACUGUGGACGGCCCCUCUGGGAAGUUGUGGAGGGAUGGCAGAGGUGCUGCCCAGAACAUCAUCCCAGCAUCCACUGGGGCUGCUAAGGCUGUGGGGAAGGUCAUCCCUGAGCUCAAUGGGAAGCUUACUGGAAUGGCUUUCCGUGUGCCAACCCCCAAUGUCUCUGUUGUUGACCUGACCUGCCGUCUGGAGAAACCAGCCAAAUAUGAUGACAUCAAGAGGGUAGUGAAGGCUGCUGCUGAGGGGCCCUUGAAGGGCAUCCUAGGAUACACAGAGGACCAGGUUGUCUCCUGUGACUUCAAUGGUGACAGCCAUUCUUCCACCUUUGAUGCGGGUGCUGGCAUUGCACUGAAUGACAACUUCGUCAAGCUUGUUUCCUGGUAUGACAACGAGUUUGGAUACAGCAACCGUGUUGUGGACUUGAUGGUCCACAUGGCAUCCAAGGAGUGAGCCAGGCACAGGCACACAGCCCCCCUGCUGCCUAGGGAAGCAGGACCCUUUGUUGGAGCCCCCGCUCUUCACCACCACUCAGUUCUGCAUCCUGCUGUGAGAGGCCAGUUCUGUUCCCUUCUGUCUCCCCCACUCCUCCUCCAAAUUCUUCCUCAGCCUGGGGGAGGUGGGAGAGGCUGAUAGAAACUGAUCUGUAUGUGUACCACCUUACAUCAAUAAAAGUGUUCACCAUCUGAA